AUGCAUGGCAAGAACUCGAUUACAAACUCGUAGAUGUCAACGCAAAGACGAUCACACCAAUUAGGUGUGAUUAAUCUACAAACAGCUUCCGCAAAUGGAACACGUCAAAGCACAUACAAUCCAUCAGAUGCAAAUGCAAGAAUCUAACUUUUAAAACAGAAUCGUACGUAACAAAAUUACUUGCAGACAGAGUAAUUCUCUCCGCUGGAUUCAUUAAUUCUUCAAAAAUCCUUAUGUUUUCUGCAAUUGGAACAAGAAAAGAAUUAAAGAAUUGUGGUAUUGAAAUAAUUAGUAAUUUAUGA